AGCGGGAUUCACUACAUCCUCAAAGUAAUCAAGAAUGGAUCCUCUCCAAUUUGAUAAAAUGUCAACGGAGAAACUGAAAGCGGAAACACGCCGCUACAGACUUCCUUCAACAGACGAUCGAAAUAAAAUGAUCGAACAACUCUUGGCUCAUUACGAGAGUAACAGUCCGGCAGUGGACCUACUUAGUCAAAGACAGGCCACUCAGGUUCAGGAGGAACAUACAGGAGUCGCGAUGAACGCGCUGGCGACCGCGAUUACCAACCAGAUGCAGCAAAUGCAGCAGGCCAUGCUACAACAGCAUCUACAGCAGCAGGAGCUGCUCCGACAAUUGCUACAACCUCUUACGAGGGACCAACAACAGGAACGGGCGAAUCAAGGAUCGUCGUAUCAAUCGAGACAGCCGAGGUCAGAAGCCCCAUCUCCUUCGAGUCAGGGUCAAUCACAGCAUUCGGCGAUAUCGGCUGCACCAUCUACACACGCCGUCUCGAUGUUGGCAUCACAAAUUCCGGAGUUCGGAGGCCAAGAAGACGAAAACGUGGACCUAUGGGUUAAACGUGUCGAGCAAGUAUCACGCAUUCACGGCGCACACGAGGACAUUACGUUCCUCGCAUCGACGACAAGAAACAAUGCAUCAAAUCACAGCGGCAUCGAAGGACGGCGACAGAAAACCGUUACAGACUCCAAAAGCCUUCAAAUCCAAGGAUGCACCAACCAGUUGUGGAUCCUGUGGCAAACAAGGGCACCUGCAAAAGGACUGUAGAAAGUCCUCCACUUUUUGUGCAUAUUGCAAAACACCGGGUCAUCUACGUGCAGAUUGCUUCAAGCUAAGAAGAAAGGAACAAACGACGACGUCACCACAGUCAACUCCAGUAGCAACCGUAGAAACAGCGGAGGUCACCUUGGAAGACAACGACUCGAUCGCUUUAGUUUUGCCGGAUAACGGUAGGAAUCUUAUAAUAGAUGAGGCACUCGCGAAAAUAACAAGGUUAAAUAACAACCAUUGUUCUUUGCUCGCACUUGUUGACACCGGUAGUCCGAUUUCUUUUGUCAAGCGAGAUAUAUACAAGACGUUUCUGGAACAUUCCGCUAAACAUUUGUCUCCUUCAGGUUUUUCUUACAAGGCUUUAAAUAAUAAACCGAUACAAGUUUCGGGUUUGACAAAAACGACAAUAAUAUUAGAGCAACUACCUUAUUUGCAACUACAAAUAACUCUAUACAUCCUUGAAGAAAAUAGUAUCGCCGCGGAUUUAAUUAUAGGUCGAGAUUUUCUCAAUAAUCAAAAAUAACCGCGACUUAUAAUCCAAGACCGGUAAAUAACGACCAAGUUACACAUAAUUUUCCAAUAGCUCUUCUACAGUUAUUAGCAUGUCAAGUAGAAAAUACUAUUGAAGAUACUCUAAAUGAUAUUGUCAUUGAUUUUGACUUAUCCGCAAAAACUCAA